GCAUGAGAGCGCCGCAGAAAUCAAUGGGAGCGAACCGCGUUUAUGGUAACACCGUCCUAUCUGUACCGCCGUAAUGUUGUCAGCAGACUAAUUCAACACGUACGGAUUCAUCCAUGGAGGGCGACAUUUUGGACUCGUUGGAGCAGCUCGGCUAUGCCGGUCCUCUGCUGGAGGAGAAGCUGCUGCUCGGAGCCGCAGACGGAGGCCUGUCCUCGCCUGAGUAUGUGGAGCUGUGCGGCUGGCUGGCCUCCAGGCUGAAGCCUCUGUGUGGUCUGGAGGAGAGCAUUACUUCCGGUCCAGACGACAUGGACAGCCUCCAGGUGGAGAUGAGUGGUCUGCUGAAAGAGCUGCACUGUCCUUAUGAAAAAGCUGUUUCAGGGAUUCUCAAGGGCAUUGUGCGGACUACAAAAGAUCAUCUGAAGUUUGUCUUGUUUCUGAGCUCUGAGCUCCAGGCAGCGCAGAUUGUGAGGAGCAGAGGAGUCUCUCAUAAACAACAAGAAGAAGAGAGUCCGCUGCGUCAGGAUCUCCUGGCAAUCUGUGAAACCCUGAACCUACCAGAGCCCAGAGGACAGGACGCAGCUGGAGUUCUCUCUCAGGUCCAAGACAAGGUUGAAGAAGUACUCAAAGAUCUUCCAAACGGCUCCCUUGGAAACCCAGUGCUAACAAAAUCUCUAUGCAGUGAACAAUGGGAGAAGUUGCACCACAUAAACAAAGCUCUGUCUUCAGAGUACGAGUGUCGGCGCAGGAUGCUGAUCAAACGGCUCGAUGUCACAGUUCAGUCAUUUGGAUGGUCAGACCGAGCCAAGGUAAAGGUGGACAGCAUGGCAAAGGCCUAUCAGCCUAGGAGACACUCUCUGAGGCCACAGUGCACAGUGGAUAUUGCUGAGCUGCUGGCUGCCAGAGAAGACAUCUGCAACGUGGUGAAGACGAGCAGCGGCUCCAGCAGGGAGAACACGGCUUGUGCUGUAAAUAAGAUCCUGAUGGGGAGAGUCCCAGACAGAGGAGGACGUCCCUCAGAGAUAGAAGCCCCACUUCCUGAAAUGCCACCCUGGCAAAAAAGACAAGAUGGAGGAAGAGGUGGUGGCUGGAGAGGAGGAGGUGGUGGAAGAGGAGGACGAGGAGGAGGUGGUGGUGGAUGGGGAGGAGGGGGUAGUGGAAAAGGAGGUGGCGGUUGGGGAGGAGGAGGAUGGAACCAAGGAGGACAUGGAGGAAAGAGAGGGAGGUACCAGUAACAAUUUAUACUGAUUGAUCUGCGUUUUGUGUUUGUUUUCUAUUUAAUCUGAUGGCAUUAUUUAUAAUGCUCCUAUUUUUUGUCAGUGUUUUGUUUUUUUAAUAUUCUCAUCAGUGUUUUUAAGUGAAAAGAAUAAAUGUCAAUACAAGUGAUUUUUGUACAAGAACAAAUGAUCCAACUGCAUUGGACCAUAAUACUGUGUCUUUAAUCCAUACUACAUACUGAUUGUAAAGACGGCUUGAGUAUGAAUUGUGUUCACACUGUAAAAGUCACUGUCAGUCUGGAUCCUGGAAACCCUUGAGUUUGUUGUUGAAAGACCCUAUUCUCCCACAACGCAUUGAGCAUGGAAAUGGAGGAGCUGCUCACAACUGGAAAACUAAAAUUGUCGUUCAAAUUUUGGGCGGAAAAUGCUAAAUGGUAAUGUGUAGAUGUUCCCCUUUAUACUCUACUAACUGCAAAAAUACAGAUGAGGAUUUACUGUAUACAAUUAGUUUGCAGUAUGGAGUUGAGAUGCAGUUCAUUGCAUUUUCAACAAAGUCAGGGGUAAAAAAAACAUUACAUUUCAGCAUAAAAUAAGUUUACCAUAAACAUUUAGCCUUUUAACAUUUUGUAAUGGAAGUGUUAGAUGCAGUGAGAAAUGUUGAAGAUGAUAUCUUUCCCUGACUAAAGACGUGUCGAUGUGAAACCCUGAAGACUGAAACCUCUGCUAUAGGACAAGCUGAGGACACUAAGAAGCUUUUUAAGGAUUAUAGACUAGUUCUUUUCAAAUCUGUGUUUUACUUUACAUUUCAGACUGAAACAUAUUAGAUUUCACCAUUUCAUUGAAGAUUCUACACCAGCUGUGGUAUUAUCACCUCUGAAUUAAUGUAAUAAAGCUCUCUUCCAAUGAUAU